AGGCAGCCCGGCGGCGGCGGGGACAGCCGGGGACACUGCCCGGGACGAUGGCACUGCUGCUGCUCUCCGCCCUGCUGUGCGAGCAGGCUGCAGCCUGGGGCUUCAGGGAUGGCGUGCUGCACAACUCCAUCUGGCUGGGUUUCCACGUGUGUGCUGCUGGCUGGAUGGCCAAGGGCAGGGUUGGCUACCCCAUAGUAAAAGCUGGAGCCAACUGUGGCUUUGGCAAGACUGGGAUUGUUGAUUAUGGAAUUCGCCUCAACAAGAGCGAGAGGUGGGACGCCUACUGCUACAACCCCAACGGAAAAGAGUGUGGUGGAGUCUUCACGGACUCCAAACACGUUUUCAAGUCGCCAGGCUACCCCAACGAGUACGAGAACCAGCAGGUCUGCUACUGGCACAUCCGGGUCAGGUACGGGCAGAGGAUCCACCUGCAGUUCCUGGAGUUUGACGUGGAGGAUGACACUGCCUGCCUGGCUGACUUCCUCGAGGUCUACGACAGCUACGACGACGUCAACGGCUUUGUGGGCAGGUUUUGUGGAGAUGAGUUGCCAGAUGACAUCAUUAGCACAGGGAACGUGAUGACGCUGAAGUUCCUGACGGACGCCUCGGUGACCGCGGGCGGGUUCCAGAUCCGCUACUCCACCCUGGACUCGCCCGCCCAAGCCAAAAACGGCACGGCCCAGGGCAAGGGCGGCUUCCUGGCGGGGAAAUUUGGCAUCAUGUGAGCAGGACUGCCAGGCAAAAAGGGCCUUUACACUCAACACAGUCCUGAAUUUUUCAGGCGUUUUUUUAUCUCUCUGAAUUUUUCUCUUUGGCUUUUCUAUGUUUCGGUAACAAAGCACACUAGGGAAUAAAUUAUAAAAUAUACUUACAUGGAUAAUAGAGAAUUAUUUUUAGAAUACAAGUACUGUAAAAAUUGGAAGAAUUCAUUGCUACCAAAGACUUUACAUUGUUUUUUAAUAUCAACUGCUCUUUAUCCUCAUUUCUUGCACCACUUGAAGAAACUUUUUGUGUGCCUGUCCUGAUUAUUUUUAAACUUAUCAGGUUCUUCUCUCCUUAUUUCCCUUGAUUUUCACGUAUUUAUUUUUUAGACUGUUGCUUUUCCCCCCUGUUAUCUACACAUUAUUAUUAUUAUUAUUCUUUUUUGUUUUUAAUGAACUGGUUUGCUUGAACUGGAAGGGCCUUCAAUGUAAGGUGAUUUUUAAAAUACAAAAAUUCAUCUUGUGGAUGGCCUGGCAGGCACCAGGUGAAGAUUGGGAAGCAGCACAGAGAGCACAGGACCAGCUGGAUCCAGACUUCCAUUUUCUUGUCAGAUCCAUGGAUUCUGUCAGGGUUUCCUCAUGCACAGAAUGAAGUCCUUCACAAGAAUUAAAGGAAUGACUUGGUAAAGAGAAUAAAAGUGGUGAGAGGAAGCAGCAGGAGGAACUUCUCACCGAGCAUGUUCACAAGACACCACCGAGGUGCUGGACCUUGUUUACACGGGUUUGAGACUGUUCUAGCUGAAAUUGCUGAAUUUAAAAUCCUUUCAGACUGUCCUAGUUGAAAUUGCUGAAUUUAAAAUCCUUUCAGACUGUCCUAGCUGAAAUUGCUGAAUUUAAAAUCCUUUAAGACUGUUCUAGUUGAAAUGGCUGAACUGAAAUCUUUUAAGACUGUUCUAGCUGAAAUUGCUGAUUUUAAAUCCUCCUCCACAUGUUUUUUUACCUGAAGCAGCAUUAAAGCUACCUCUGUUCUAAUCCCACCAAGCCUGCAAUGAGUUAUUUUUGUUUCUGGCAAACGUAAUUAAUUUUAUUAAUUUAAAGGAUAAAUACGUUUUGUUUCUGAGUGUUUUCUUGACUCUAGCUCUGCCGAAAUCUAAUGCCCACUAAGAAUUUCC